AUGCUAGAUCCAAGGACUGCGCCAGAGGCGGAACUCUCAGAGGAAUCAUGUGAGCUGGAAGCUGCCGCUGUCCUCCCAGCAUCCUGCCUCCGGGACAUGGACAGCAGUAACUGGAAGGAGCGGAUUUCCUGCCUGGAGGUGUUUGAGAAGGCCGUGGAGAAGAUGGAAAAGAGCCAGAUGCCUUGCCAGGCGCUUGUGAGGCUGCUGGACAGGGAGCCCGGGUGGAACGAGACCAAGUUGCAGGUGAUGCAGAAAAAGCUGCGCAUCGUCACCCUCAUCGCCCAGAGGGGGAACUUCACCAAGACCACGGCCCGGUUUGUUCUGGGGAAGCUGGUGGACAAGGUUGGGGAUGUUAUCUGCAGCGGUGACUCCAAGGAAGCUCUAACGGCCGUAGCAGAAGCCUGUGGGUUGCCCUGGACAGCGAGGAAGGUGGUGGAAGCGGCCUUCUUGCAAGACAGCCCCAGGACCCACUCGGAAACACUCAGCUGGCUGACUGGUGCCAUCGAGGACUUUGGCUUCGACAGCCUGGAGGCCCAAGACUUUGUUGGCUACAUCAAAGCUGCCUUGACUGCUGCUCACCCAGACGAGAGAGCUUCUGCCUUCAGCCUCCUAAGAGUGAUGUAUCUGUAUGUCGGAGCCCCGUUGAGGGUCUUCUUUGAGGAUGAGAAGCCGGCUGUGCUCUCCCAGAUUGACAUGGAGUUUGAGAAGGUGAGUGGUCAGCACCCGCCCUCUCCAACGCGAGGCCGCUGCAAAUUCUGCAGGGACAGCGGGAGCGAGCAGAGAGGGGGCGAUGCCCAGCCCUGCAAGAGAAGUGAUGCUGUUGACAUUAGCCAGAAGAUCUCCAAGGAGCUGAUGUCAAAGAUGCAGGACACGAGCUGGAAGGUCCGGAAGGAAGGGCUGGAGGAGGUUUCCAGGAUCCUCAGCAAUGUUGGUUCCAUCCAGCCCAGCCUGGGGGACCUCCCCAUCGCCUUGAAGGCUUGCCUGCAUGACUCUAACAAAGCCCUUGUGAAGCAGACGCUCUCUGUCCUCCAGCAGCUGGCCAAGGUAAUGGGCCCAGGCAUUAGGCAGCACGUCAAGACUCUGGGGAUGUCCAUCAUCGCCAUCUUGAGGGACAGCAAAAGUGGUGUGCGGGCUGCAGCUCUCAUGACUGUGGAAGCCUGGGCUGAGCAGACUGGCAUGAAAGAAUGGCUGGAAGUGGAGGAUCUUUCUGCAGAUCCAAAGAAGGAGAGUUUCUUCCAAAGGCAGGGACUCCUGGGUUGGCUGGUGGAGAAGCUGCCGUCCUCCAGCUCCGCCACCAACGACCUGCUCCGUUGCGUGCCCCACCUCUAUGCUGCCCUGGAGGACAACGACGAGGACAUGCACAAAGCAGCAUACGAGGCUGUGCCGUUCUUCGCCCUCCAGCUUGGCUUUGAGAGGAUGUCCGAAGCUGCCAACAAGCUGAAGCCGGCUUCCAAAGACCAGGUGCUCUCUCUGCUGGAGCAAACCCAAGCUGGUCAUCCAGCAAAGCCCACCCGGGCUUUCCCCAAAUCCCUUUCGAAGCUCCCACGGGGCAAGUCUUGGCCCAAAUCCAUCUUGGCUUCUCCCCAGCAGUGCAAGCCAGUCUCCUUCUCAACAGAGAACUUAGGAGCCAGCGAUGGGGGCAUGGAUGUCAAGAAAGCCAAGUCGGAAGGCGCUGUCCCCAAACCAAAGAAGCUCCCAAAUGUGAAGGCGCAGGCGAAGCUCAGCAUGAAGGAAGACUUCAGUAAGCUGGGCCCCAUCUUCAUCAUCGUCCCCAAAGGAAAAGAGCAGAGGGCAAAGGACGAGAAGGCUCUGAAGGUGCUGAGGUGGAAUUUUAGCAGCCCCAGCAGCAAAUAUGUGGAGCAACUCAAGGCCCAGAUGUGCAACUGCUUCUCCCCCUGGCUGCAGGAAGAGCUCUUUCACUCCAACUUCCAGCACCACAUCAAGGCGCUGACCGUGAUGACCAAGCACUUAGAGAGUGAGAAGGAUGGGGUCAUCAGCUGCCUGGACCUCAUCCUGAAAUGGCUCAGCCUGCGGCUGUUUGAUACCAACACCUGGGUGCUGAUGAAGACCUUGGAAUACUUAAAGAAACUCUUCAGUCUCCUGAUUGAGGAGAGGUACCAGCUGAUGGAGAACGAGGCUGCCUGCUUCCUGCCCUACCUCCUUCUGAAGUUGGGAGGGACCAAGGAGUCCAUCCUGAAAGAGGUGCGGGCGAUUGUGAAGCAGACCACCCUGAUCUACCCGGCCUCCAAGACUUUCUGCUUCCUCCUGGAGGGAGCCCAGGCUAAGAAUGCCAACCAGAGGGUGGGGUGCUUGAAAGAGCUUGGUUGGCUGCUCAAGACGUAUGGUCCAGAAGUGUGUCAGCCAAACCCAAGCAAGACCCUGAAGACCCUGAUCACCUUGACAGGAGACUCAAACAAUGCUGUCCAUUGCGCGGCCUUGAAAGUCAUCGCCAUUGCCCGGGACGUCUAUGGAGUCGAGGCCUUCAAGGCCAUUGGGAACAUCUCUGACAAGCACAUGAACUUGCUGGAAGGGAGCAUGAAAGAUGCAGCUGCCAAGCAAGUCAAGGAAGAAACAGUGGACACCCAGGUCUUCAACCUGAGUCUUAGGCUGGGGUCUUUAGAAGGGUACAAACAAAGCCACGGAGCUGGUGGCAGCCACACAGGGGGAGAACAUCUGGCUUCCCAUCCGGACCAAGCUGGGGGGCAGAAUGUCAGUGAUUGCAUUGCCUCCUGCAGAAGUCCAAAAGCAGUUGAUGUUGUCCCCUACCGGACUGAGAAGCCCAACAUCAACAUGAUCAUCUGCCGCGUCGCCAGCGGCAGCACCAGCACCAGUAUUGAGGCGCUUUUGCAGAUCCAGGAGAUUUUAAAGCAGAAGGACCAAGUAGAAACCCUCUCUGGCCAUAUCAACCCAUUCCUGAUUGCAACGCUCCGGCAGCUGAAGUUCAUUCACCAGCUCCACGUGAUGGCAGAGGAGGAGAUGAGGACUCAGAAAGUCAUGGAGCUUUACAGCUGCAUAAUCUCCAACAUGGUCUCCCUUUUCCAGGUGGAGAGCCUCGCCCAGGAAGCCUCUGCUGGGGUGCUGAAGGACCUCCUGAGCAGCCUUAUUGCCUUGCUGCUGGAUUCUCCCAUUGACGAGGUCCAGGAAGAGCAGGGCACCGCCCAGUCUAUCAGCCACUUGAUAAGCAAGGUGCUGGAGAAAUCAGACCACAACAGACUUCUCAGCUCCCUGCUGCUGCUGCUCCAUGAAGGCUUGAGCGCCCCCACUGACCUGGUGGCCUUUUCUGAGAUGGUUGCCAAGUGCUUGUGGAAAGCCAUCAAGUUCCUGCCACAAACCAUCAGCAGCAUCAAUCUUGACCAGCUUCUGCUGGACAUCCACGUCUUCAUGAAGGCAAUGCCCAAGGAGAAGUUGAAGCAGUACUCAAGCAACUACCCAUCCCGAGCCCUGAAGUCUCUUCUGAACACUCUUUGCAAGCUGAAGGGGGCAGAGAUCAUGGGUCACCUGACGCUGAUCAAGAACAGAGAUGAGUCUGAGUUGGAGGAUCACCUGUGGAAGGUCGUGGAGCACUUGUCAGAGCAGGCUGCUGCCCAUCAGGACAAGGGCUCUCCUCACCCGGAUGAGCACAAAGCAAAUGAGACUCUGGCAGCCAUUUUCAAGAAGAUCAACUGCAAGGAGACAGCCAGGGCAGGCCUUGAGGAACUGUAUGAAUACAAGGGGGGGAACCCACAGGCAGACUUGGAGCCUUUCUUGAGAAACAGCUCGCUCCUUUUCCGGAGCUAUGUCAAGCACGGUUUGGCAGUUAUAGGGACAGAGAGACAAACCAAACAGAAGUGCUCUUCUCCUGCAGAAAGUGGGUUAGAGUGA